UUAUCUAAGUAUUACGUCGUUUUUGAAGCUUCUCUCUAGAAAUAUCUAAUUCUGUUCUUGGAUUUUUGGUAUAAAAGAAUUAAUUUCAGCAUGGAAUUCGGAAGUGCGAAAAAGAGAGGCAGACCCAACGCUGCGCUAAAUGGCAAUGGCGGUUUUAAGAAAUCCAAAUCAGAAAUGGAGUCCUUUACAACUGGUAUAGGAAGCAAAUCGAAGCCAUGCACAAAGUUUUUCAGUGCUUCUGGGUGUCCAUUUGGUGAAGGAUGCCAUUUCUUGCAUUAUGUUCCUGGUGGCAUUAAAGCUGUUACUCAGAUGCUUGGCAGCAAUCCAGCCCUUCCACCAGCUACCCGAAACCCAGUAGUUCCACCAUCUUUUCCAGAUGGAUCAUCCCCACCGGCUGUCAAAACUCGGUUAUGCAACAAACACAACACAGCCGAAGGGUGCAAGUUUGGUGACAAUUGUCAUUUUGCCCAUGGUGAGUGGGAGAUUGGCAAGCCAACAGUUCCAUCUCAUGAGGAUCCUCGUGCUAUGAGACAAAUGCCAGGAAGAUAUGGUGGUGGUGGUCGAUUCGAACCAACCUCACCAGGUGCAGCCAGCUUUGGAGCCUCAGCCACAGCUAAAAUCAGUGUGGAUGCUUCUCUUGCGGGAGCCAUCAUUGGGAAAGGUGGCAUCAACUCAAAGCAAAUCUGUCGCUUGACAGGAGCCAAGCUAUCAAUAAGAGACCAUGAGUCCGAUCCUAGCUUGAGGAACAUUGAACUAGAGGGCACUUUUGAUCAGAUCAAACAAGCGAGUCAAAUGGUACGGGAACUUAUAGUGAAUGUUAGUUAUGCCUCUGGGCCACCAAUGAAGAAACCUGUGUUUCCUGGCCCAUCUCCUGCUAGCAACCGCAAGACCAAACUUUGUGAAAACUUUGCCAAAGGGUCCUGUACUUUUGGAGAAAGGUGUCACUUCGCACAUGGAGCAGAAGAAUUGCGGAAACCUCGUGUCUGAGCUUUUUGAUGUGUGUAUUUCCGCUGCUUUGCGAUUCCUUUGGACUUGUACUUAGAUCCUUUUGUGGUCUUCCCAAACACCAAAAAAAAGGCUCAAACAAUAUAAGUGACAAUUCUUGUACCUCGUUGGCAGUUUGCAUUGUUCAUACUAGUUUUUGGGACAUGUAGGUUAUGGACCCUUAAUAUUAACACAUUUUAUCA